GUCAUGCGAACAAUCCUACUUGGUAGACUCAAGUCGCCCACCAAGCAGGGUUAUCUCGUGAAUGUGUAGUAUUGUUCAAGCUCAAACCUAAGCUGUGGUGUGGCCAGCUCCAUUUUCCUCAAGCGGAUUGUGGUGCACACGCUUAGAAGAACAACACCACACCUGCCUUGCAUCUCACAGCACUGCCAUUGGACGAGGCCCUGAAAUGCUGCACUUUGGCUGCGUCGCAUGAUCAGCUCAAUAAUAAUGUCGUUGGAGCUCCGUCACCUUAUGGCUCUUGUGACGGUGACAAGUGUCAUAUACGUGUCCAGCUCUCAUUCCUUGCCAUUCUCGACUUCAGUUCUGCAGUUCAGUGACUCCUGUGUAAGUACCGCUGCCCAUUCUCGAGUCACAAUCAACUCAAAGCAAUCUCUCCUAUUUCAUCCACGUACAUUUGUCCACUCCGAUAGCAGAAUUCCAACUUCAAGACAUUUUGUUCAGUGCAUUGAUUCAGUUUAGUUCUACAUCUCAGUUCUUGAGCAGUCUUCGAGUGUCCAUUUCUGAAACCAUGGCCAGCAACCAGUACAACAAGGGAUACGACGCCACUGCCCAGAAGACCGAGGAAGCGAAGAGGACGAUGGCUGACACGGCCGACCGCACCAAGCAAUCUGCAGCCGAGACCGCAGACAAGACCAAGCAAGUCGGAGCUGAGAAAUCCGAGCAAGCCCAGAACACUGCCUCGAACAUCGUCGGUACGGUGCAAGAGAAGGCUCAAAACGUUUGGGACCAGACGAAGCAAGCUGCUGCAAACACCAACCAGUAUGUCCAGGAGAAGGCUGGUCAAGCUACUCAAUAUGGAGCAGACACUUUGGAGUCGGCCAAGCAGACCACUGCCGAUUCUGCGUCUACUGCACAGAAGAAAGCCGUAGAGGCGAAAGACUUCACCGUGGACAAGGCGGGACAGGGUAAGGACGUCGCAUCUGACAGAGCAGGAAAGGCAGGACAGUACUCCGCCGACUCUGCAGCAUCGGCUAAGGAUACCACCGGAAGCUACUUACAAGGAGGUGUCGAUGCCGUAAAAGGAGCCGUCCUCGGGGCCAAGGAUGCACUUUUCGGCCAGAGUGGUGCCAGCAAGUAAGCAGGGGAUGAAGAAGAGUACAGUUAAAAUGUCGAUAGCUAGUCCAGAAUGUACAUACGUAGGAGGAUUGUGUCAAUUCAAUCCCAGUGAAUGUAGUGCACAUGAUUUUUUGAGGGAAAUUCUUGUUGCGAACUGUGGAUAUUUUCCCCGAAUCUGAAACAAAGAUACUAUCUUUUUACAUAUGAUAUGCGCACCAGCAAUUUGUAUUCACACUCCGU